AUGGAUGGAUUUCUGUCACUCUUGAGGCCCCCGAUUUCUCAAAUAGGUACAAACAGUGUCACGCUUUUUUCUCGAACGCAUUCGCGUUCUCGAAUAAUUAGCAUUCUAGACCAGGUCACAGUCUGUCUGGUCGUCAUUGAAUUGAAUAAAAUGUUGCUACAUAAUGUCAUGCUCAUGUAUUUACUUAAGGUAAUUGGAUGCAAGGCUAUACAAGAUUUUGGUGAUGCAAUUGCAAAAAAGACGAUGCAACAGAAUUGUGUAAUAGUUAGUAACUUCGAAAUGAAGAAAGUAGUUAAAAAGAUAAUGUAUCCUAUGUAUCCAAAAAGUUCGAACUACGAUAAGCAGCGGGACCCCCUGUAAUCCAAGAUAAAUCUGAAGGACGAGGACAUAAUGAACUUGAAAGAAAUCACCACCUAGUCCUAGAAAAUCG